UCCUCCCCCUCCCUCCCGGCUCCCAACUCCAGCCCCUCUCUCUCUCGAUCAGCCGCUCACUCUGUCUCAAUAUGUCUCAAGAUGGCGGCCAAUGUGGGAUCGAUGUUUCAAUAUUGGAAGCGCUUUGAUUUACAGCAGCUGCAGAGAGAGCUCGAUGCCACAGCAACAAUAUUGGCAAACCGGCAAGAUGAAAGUGAGCAGUCGAGGAAAAAGCUUAUUGAGCAAAGUCGCGAGUUCAAGAAGAACACUCCAGAGGACCUGCGCAAACAGGUAGCUCCAUUACUGAAGAGUUUCCAGGGAGAGAUCGACGCAUUGGGUAAAAGAAGCAAAGAAGCAGAGGCAGCCUUCUUGAAUGUUUAUAAGAGAUUAAUUGAUGUUCCAGAUCCAGUUCCAGCCUUGGAUUUAGGACAGCAGCUUCAGCUGAAGGUUCAACGUAUGCACGAUAUUGAAACAGAGAACCAGAAACUUAGGGAAACUCUAGAGGAAUAUAAUAAAGAAUUCGCCGAGGUGAAAAAUCAGGAGGUUACAAUAAAAGCACUUAAAGAGAAAAUCCGAGAGUAUGAACAGACCCUGAAGAACCAAGCGGAGAAUAUAGCCCUUGAAAAAGAACAAAAGUUACAAAAUGAUUUUGCGGAGAAGGAGAGAAAAUUGCAGGAGACACAGAUGUCGACAGCCUCGAAGCUGGAAGAAGCUGAACACAAAGUUCAAGCUUUGCAAACAGCCUUGGAAAAAACCAGAACAGAACUAUUUGAUCUGAAAACAAAAUACGAUGAAGAAACUACUGCAAAGGCUGAUGAAAUCGAGAUGAUCAUGACAGACCUUGAAAGAGCAAAUCAGAGGGCAGAGGUGGCUCAGAGAGAGGCAGAGACCUUAAGGGAGCAGCUCUCGUCAGCUAACAAAUCUCUCCAACUUGCUACGCAGAUCCAGAAGGCACCUGAUGUGGAGCAGGCCAUCGAGGUGCUGACACGGUCCAGCUUGGAGGUGGAGCUGGCCGCGAAGGAGCGGGAGAUCGCCCAGCUGGUAGAAGAUGUGCAGAGACUCCAGGGCAGCCUCACCAAGCUGCGGGAGAACUCCAGCAGCCAGAUCUCCCAGCUGGAGCAGCAGCUGACUGCCAAGAACAGCACACUUAAACAACUGGAAGAAAAACUGAAAGGACAGGCUGAUUAUGAAGAGGUUAAGAAAGAAUUAAAUAUAUUGAAAUCCAUGGAGUUUGCACCAUCUGAAAGCUCUGGUGCGCAGGAUGCAUCUAAACCGCUGGAGGUGCUGCUGCUGGAGAAGAACCGCUCCUUGCAGUCUGAGAACGCCACGCUGCGUAUCACAAAUAGUGACCUGAGUGGGUCAGCCAGGAGAAAAGGGAAAGACCAGCCUGAGAGUCAGCGUCCUGCAACCUUGCCGGCCUCCCCUCCUUCUCAGUUGCUCCGCAACACGGGGGAGCAGGCUUCCAAUACUAAUGGUACACACCAGUUCUCACCAACGGGUUUAAGUCAAGACUUUUUCAGCUCAUCCCUGGCGAGCCCCAGCUUACCCCUGGCCUCCACAGGAAAAUUUGCACUAAACUCUCUCCUCCAGCGACAGCUAAUGCAGUCCUUCUACUCCAAGGCAAUGCAGGAAGCAGGAAGCACAAGCAUGAUUUUUUCAACAGGUCCUUACAGCACAAACUCCAUAUCUUCCCAAAGUCCAUUACAACAAAGUCCGGAUGUAAAUGGCAUGGCCCCGUCUCCCAGCCAGUCAGAAAGUGCUGGGAGCGUCUCUGAAGGCGAGGAAAUAGACACAGCCGAAAUUGCACGUCAGGUGAAAGAGCAGUUGAUCAAGCACAAUAUUGGACAGCGGAUAUUUGGACAUUAUGUGUUGGGACUGUCGCAAGGGUCUGUGAGUGAGAUACUAGCCCGGCCAAAGCCAUGGAAUAAACUGACUGUGAGAGGCAAGGAGCCAUUUCAUAAGAUGAAGCAGUUCCUCUCGGACGAGCAGAACAUCUUGGCUCUUCGCAGCAUCCAGGGUAGACAAAGAGAGAAUCCAGGCCAGAACCUGAACAGACUAUUUCAGGAAGUACCGAAACGAAGAAAUGGGUCUGAAGGUAAUAUAACCACAAGAAUCCGAACCACAGAGACUGGCUCUGAUGAAGCCAUCAAAUCCAUUCUCGAACAAGCCAAAAGGGAGCUGCAAGUACAGAAAACAGCUGAGCCGGCUCAGCCGCCUUCUGCAUCUAGCAGUGGCAAUUCUGAUGAUGCUAUUCGAUCCAUUCUGCAACAAGCCCGACGUGAAAUGGAGGCACAGCAGGCUGCCCUUGAACCUGCCUUAAAAACACCACCUUUAUCUCAAGCUGACAUUUCUAUCCUGUCCCCCAAACUAGUAUCUACACCUGCAAUGUCUUCGGUUUCCAGCUAUUCUCCUUUGGCCAUAUCCCUGAAGAAACAUUCAUCUGUCACUGAUUCCAGUAUCUCUGCGUUGCAGAACCUCUCUGGGCUCAAAAAGGAGCCUCAGGAGGCACCUGUUUUAGAGCUUCAUGGAGUAAGUGAUUCUGCCCAGGGUAUGUUGAGGCAUGUUAAAAAUGAGUUGGGACGUGGUGGUGUUUGGAAGGACCAUUGGUGGAAUACUGUGCAGCAUGAGAGAAGAAAUACAGCUCUUCCCGAAGACAUAAAAGUUGAGGAAACCAGUGGUGGAAAAGAAAAGGUCAGCAAUCAGACUAGGCCAGAUCGUAGCCAGCUCCAAGGACCAUCUUCUUCAGAGUAUUGGAAAGAGUGGCCAAACGCUGAAUCUCCGUACUCGCAGAGUUCUGAAUUGAGCAUGACUGGGGCGAGUCGCAGUGAGACACCACAGAAUAGCCCCCUCCCUUCAUCCCCUAUCGUGUCUUUGUCAAAGCCAUCCAAACCUUCAGUUCCUCCACUGACACCUGAGCAGUAUGAGAUUUAUAUGUACCAGGAAGUGGAUACGAUAGAGCUAACGCGGCAGGUCAAAGAAAAGCUAGCAAAGAAUGGCAUCUGCCAAAGGAUCUUUGGGGAAAAGGUAUUGGGGCUGUCCCAAGGAAGUGUCAGUGACAUGCUCUCCAGGCCAAAGCCAUGGAGUAAAUUGACCCAAAAAGGCCGAGAACCAUUUAUUCGUAUGCAGCUCUGGUUGAAUGGUGAGCUGGGACAGUGUGUCCUGCCUGCACAAGGGCAGCAACAAGGACAAGUCCUUCACUCUGUGACAUCAUUACAGGAUUCCCUACAGCAGGGAUGUGCAAGCUCAGAAAGCACUCCAAAGACUUCUGCCAGUUGCAGUCCUGCUCCUGAAUCUCCCAUGAGUUCCAGUGAAUCAGUGAAGAGCCUGACUGAAUUGGUACAGCAGCCCUGUCCCACUAUAGAGACGAGUAAGGAUGGCAAAUCCCAGGAAUCCAGUGAGCCGCCUGCUUCUGAAUCCCAAUCUACAACACCUCUGCCGCUGUCAGGCCACUCGGCACUCAGCAUUCAAGAACUGGUUGCCAUGUCCCCUGAGCUGGAUACCUACGGCAUCACGAAGAGGGUCAAAGAAGUGCUAACGGACAACAACCUUGGUCAGCGUUUGUUUGGGGAGACAAUCCUAGGGCUAACACAAGGCUCUGUCUCAGACCUCCUGGCUCGCCCGAAGCCCUGGCACAAGCUGAGUUUGAAGGGACGGGAACCCUUUGUCCGCAUGCAGCUGUGGCUGAACGAUCCCAACAACGUGGAGAAGCUGAUGGAUAUGAAACGAAUGGAGAAAAAAGCCUACAUGAAGCGGCGACACAGCUCUGUUAGCGACAGUCAGUCCUGUGAGUCAUCCUCAGCUGGGAUAGACUACAGCCAGGGCGCCAGCCCACAGCCACAGCACCAGCUUAAGAAGCCCCGGGUGGUGCUGGCACCAGAAGAGAAAGAAGCUCUGAAACGAGCCUACCAGCAAAAGCCAUACCCAUCACCAAAAACCAUUGAGGAACUCGCUACACAGCUCAACUUGAAAACCAGCACCGUGAUCAACUGGUUCCACAAUUACAGGUCUCGCAUCCGCCGGGAGCUGUUCAUCGAGGAGAUCCAAGCUGGGAGCCAGAGCCAGGCUGGGUCGAGCGACUCUCCUUCCGCCAGAAGCAGCAGGGCCGCUCACAGCUCCGAGGGCGACAGCUGCGAUGGUGUGGACGCUGAAGGCCCAGCUGAAGGCAAGGCCAGUGGCCCGGAGGCGGAUGAGUACAGCAAUGCAACCACAAAGUCUCAGGGAGGGCCAGCGGAGUCGGCUUUCGAAGCGGGGGAAGAGGCACUGCAAGGAGCCAGGUCUGCGGAGAGCCUGGAGGACACCGACGACGAGGGCAGGCUCAGAGCACCGCGCCAGGGCUCUCCGCCCGCAUCGCAGCGCCCGGGAGAGGCUCCGGAGACACUGCCAAACUCUGCCACGGAAGGGGAUGCCUCUACCUCAGCUGCCUCCACCUCAGUCCUUACAGGGGAGAGCUCCUACAAGUCAAAAGAGAGUUCAGAGAAAACCUGCAGUGUGCCAAGUACGAGCUCGACGCCGGCCGCAGGCUCGCAGAAAGCCAACUCCCUGCAGAGCUUGUUCGGCCUCUCGGAGGCCGCGAGCUCCAGGAACACGCGAGACAGCUCCUUGAGGAAAAAGAAAGCAGCAAACUUGAACAACAUCAUCCACCGCUUGGAGAAAGCCGCGAGUCGGGAAGAGGCCGUCGAGUGGGAGUUUUGAGAUUAACACUCGCCCAACUCUGGAGAGCUGGGAAGUGAAACUGGACCUCUACUGGUUUUAUUGUGUUGCGCACUUAACCGCCCUGCGGGCCACAGGGCAAAAACGCCAUAGGCCAAGGUGCAUAUAGAAAACAAAAAAAGGAGCGUUAAGCCCAAUUUAUGUUUGUUGUUUUCGAGGAAGAAAACUGAAAUGUGUAGUCAAGCUUUUGUACCCUGAAGUGUUUUUAUUAUUGCCCUAAAGUGAUUUCCACAGUUUCUGGAAUAACUCAUACAGCUUUGCCUUGUGCCCUCCUCUUUGUGUGGGCUUUAAA